AUGCCUCCCGCGAUGCAGACUCGAGUACCCUCGACAAACCUGCUCCGAUUCCUGCGGUCGCAAACGGAGGCCUCAAUCUUCAGCAGCCGGAACCAAGGCAUCGAUUCCGCCGCCUGUAUCUCCCGAUGCGGCGGCCCCCCUCGACCAGCAGCUCAAUACUCCCGGUGCCUCGCGAGGCGGACCCCAAAGACGGGCACGAGAUCCCUCUCGAGUGCGACGACGACGACGACGACGAGCCGUAGACGACCCGAGCUCCACAUCACCGCCGCGGCCCGGAUAUCCCGCAGGCCAAGAGCCCUCGAACCACUAGCGACAGCAGCAUCGUCGUCGCCCUCGACGGCCACCGCCUUCUUUAGCACAACCCGCGUGAGGCAAGAUGCCUGUGACGACGACCCAUCGGCCCCCCGCCGGCGGACCUGGAAGGAGAAGCUCUGGGGCAUCAGGAGCUGGGGCGGCGCCAAGGCGCUGAAGCCCAACGACCUCCCCUUCCACGACGAAGGGGGCUCCAUGUUCAACAACCGCCGCGUUCUGACUGCCAAAGCUGCGCUUGAGCCGAGGCUGCGGUGCACAGAGGUGGACGAGAACGGCGAGGUCAUCUUGGUGGAUGGCGAGUUCAAGAAGACGGAGCUCAUCGCAAAGUACGGCCUGCUACCCCGCGACUUGCGAAAGAUUGACUCGUCAAACCUCCCUCACAUCUUUGUCCGCCAGUCCGCCAUCCUCCUCAACCUCCUCCACCUCAAAGUCCUCAUCAAAAAGGACCGCGUCCUCCUCUUCGACGUCUACGGCUCAAAGACGUCCUACCCGCAAUCUGCCUUCAUGUACGACCUGCAAGGCAAGCUGAAACAGAAGAACGCCCAGGGCGGCGGCGGCAACGGCGUAGGCGGUCUCCCCUACGAGUUCCGCGCUCUCGAGGCCGUCCUCACCUCCGUGACGUCGGAGCUCGAGGCCGACUUCGAGUCCGUCCGGGACCCCGUCAUCCGCGUCCUCAGCGAGCUCGAGCACGACAUCGACCGCCACAAGCUGCGCGUCCUACUCAUCCUCUCCAAGCGCGUGAGCACCUUUGAGCAAAAGGCCAAGCUGGUCCGCGACGCCAUUGAGGAGCUGCUCGAGGCCGACGACGACCUGGCUGCCAUGUACCUCACCGAAAAGGCCCACGACCUCUACCGCGGCGUCGACGACCAUACCGAGGUGGAGCUGUUGCUGGAAUCGUACAACAAGCUCUGCGAUGAAAUCGUCCAGGAGGCUCAGAACUUGGUGUCUGGCAUCCGCAACACUGAGGAGAUCAUCCGCGCAAUCCUAGACGCCAAUCGCAACGCCCUCAUGCUCCUAGACCUCCGCUUCAGCGUCGGCACCCUAGGCCUAGCAAUGGGCACCUUCCUCGCGGGCCUCUACGGCAUGAACCUCGAAAACUUCAUCGAGGCCACCAACUGGGGCUUCGCCGGCGUCACAAUCACCUCGACAAUCUGCUCCCUCAUCGUCUGCUGGUACGGCCUCGUCAAGCUCCGCAAGGUCCAGCGCGUCAAAAUGAUGUUUGACGAGCGCGGGCCCCUGACGCGCAACACUCGCUCCCUGCUGUCGUCGUCGUCCUCGUCUUCUUCCUCGUCGUCGUCAGCGCACGCUCAGCAGCAGGCCGUCGGUCAACAGCACUGGUUCCAGGACGACGGGCCGGGGAGCCAGCUGGACGCGAGGAACCGCGAAAAGAUGCGGCGCGUGACGAAUCAAAAGGCUGCUGCGGCGGCGAAUGCCAAGAGCACGACCAAGAAAUGGUUCCACCUUAAGCGCGGCGAUCGCGUCUUUCUCCAGAGCAGGGAAAGAACAGAAAACCACAUGAGCCUUUCAUCAGCGAAAGAUUCGAUAGACACAAACAGACCUUUCCAAUCCAAAGAGAUUCAAUGGCGUUUCCUGGAUGCAGUCUUCCUCGAGGGAUCCCACUACGCCUAUCCGAACUUUUGUUCGAUUGUGCGAAGCACUACAGCUGACAGCUUGCAGCAAGACACUGCCCGCCUCUCUUUCAACAAGCACUUGGAUAUGGCCCCCGCAAGUUAUCGAAGCAGCAGCACCAAUGCCCGGUGGCGACUUCAAACUUUCCUCAGCCUUUUCCCAUUCCAUCGAGAUGGGCGGGCGAAAAGAGGGCACCCAGACUUGAGGAAAAAAGAGCGUCGACCGGAAACGUCAAAAUCGGGUUUCCAGCCGGCAUCGAUUCGAUGGUACUUACCCACCCAAGCCACCUAUCUGCACUUGACGGCAGAAGCAGGAGAGCCCGCUGCUGCAGAAGAGAAGUUACCCCCCCUCUCUCUUGCGGUUCUGGGUCAGCCAGAGUUCCGCAUGGCAUGUCCGACCGAAUCAGCCCAAUAUCAGUACCGCUGCCAUGAGGGGAUGCGCUGGUCCGCGAAGCUUUGGCAGGUAAGCCACUACUACUAG